AUGUCAAGACCAGUGGAAGGAGCGAUAAUUGUCGGAGCCGGGACGUCAGGGCUUGCUGCCGCUGCAUGCCUCAGAGAAAGAGGCGUUCCAAUAACCUUGCUGGAGAAGUCCGGUGGCAUAGGUUCGCUCUGGAAGGAGAGGACAUAUGAUCGCUUGCAUCUUCACACUCCCAAGGAUACAAAUGUGGACAGGGCACAAUACGAUGAAAAUUCUAAAGUCUGGCGUGUUCAUACCCAGGGUUUCUCAUCUAGCAAUGAAAUCGAGAAGGCCGAGUAUAGGGUCCGCUGGUUGAUUGUCGCAUCAAGGGAGAAUGCUGAGAUUGUCAUGCCCAAACUCCCAGGGAUGAAAACUUAUAGUGGGAGCAUUCUGCACUCGAGAAAUUAUAAGAACGGUUCAGAGUUCGUGGAUAAGAAGGUGCUCGUAGUCGGUUGUGGAAACUCAGGGAUGGAGAUUGCACUGGACCUUGCCAACUUCAACGCCAAACCAUCGAUUGUGGUCCAUGACUCAGUAAGAAACUCGCAUGCACGUUCUUCCACGGGCAUUGUCGGAGCUUCAACCUUCGUGGUGGCUAUGCGACUUUCGAAAGCCUUGCCUCUUCGGCUGACUGAUUGGCUGCUUGUAUUUGGCACGCCCAUCGAAGGGCCUCUGCAACUCAAGCAGAAAACGUGGAAGACUCCUGUUCUGGACGUGGGGGCGGUCAAUCAGAUUAAUAAUGGUAACAUUAAGGUAGACCAUGCAUAUGUGAUUUCUGCACUUAUGACCUCUGGGGUCCGAUUCGAGAAUGGGGAGUUCGAAUCAUACGAUGCAAUAAUCUUCGCAACAGGAUAUCGAAGCAAUGUUCCGAUGUGGCUUAAGGGCAAUUUCAUCGGGGAAGAUGGAUCUCCUAGUGCUUCAAUGCGUGAUGGAUGGAAAGGAGAGAGGGUAUUGUAUGCCAUCGGAUUCACGAAGAAGGGACUUGUUGGAACUUUCACAGACGCCACGAUUAUCGCCGAAGACAUUGGGAGAGCUUAUGAUCAUGACAUGUUGCAAACUGAUAUUUAG